AUGUCAUACAAAACACCAAUGAGAACAAGGUCAUCCUUGGGUAACUCAUCCAGCGCGUCAGUUUCGUCAGCACCAACACCUACGCGAUCAUCUUCAUCUAUUAAAUCAACGUUUCGUCCUCCAUCAAGGCCAACUAUGAUUCGAUCAUCCUCACCCGUUUUGCAGCAUCAGCAACAGCCUAGGUCCAGACCAGGCUCAUCCCUUGCCACAAGUCGCCCUGGGACACCAGUUAAUUCAGGAAGUUACUAUCGUCAAGAACCAUAUACUGGUACUAUAACUGUAUCUAUCCGUCCCAAUCCUCAAUCUUUUACCCAAGGUGCUCAGCAAAAUUGGCAUAUAAAUUCUUACAACAAUAGCAUAUCCCAUGCGGAUGGGAGCUGUUUUGUCUUUGAUAACGUGUUUGAAAAUGAUACAUACCAGAACAACAAUUACCAAGUGUAUUUAAAAGCUUGUAAACCAAUAGUUGAAAAAUUUCUUGAUGAAGGUUACAAUGGGACUGUUUUUGCGUAUGGUAUGACUGGGUCGGGCAAAACAUAUAGCAUGAAAGGAAACGAGGAAGAAUCCGGGUUUGUUGAAUUAGCAGUGAAUGAUUUGUUUGACAAAAUUUCUCAAAUGGGCGCUAUGGUAAAGCAUCAGAUAAAUGUAUCAUAUCUUGAAAUAUACAAUGAGCGUAUCAUUGAUUUGCUAAAUGCAGGCAAUAGUCCCACAAUGACAAGCAGUGACUUGAAGAUAAGAGAUGAUCCUGAUUACGGUGUGAAAGUGAUUGGUUUGACUACUCCGACAGUGUCAUCAAAAGAACAACUACUCUCAUUAAUCAGGAAAGGUGAUCUCAAUCGAAAAACAAGUGCCACCGAUUUUAAUGCAAGAUCUUCAAGAUCGCAUUCAAUAUUACAGAUUAGAUUAAAGGUUGUCAAUGAUGUUACCAAUUGCGAAACCACAUCCACAUUGUCGAUGUGUGACUUGGCAGGUUCGGAACGGGCAUCUUCAAGCUUAGAAAGGAGAAAAGAAGGAUCCUACAUCAAUAAAUCGUUAUUGGCUUUGAGCAAUGUCAUCAACAAGUUAUCAGCAUCCUCGCAUGGCGUUGUAGAUCAUCAUAUAAGCUACAGAGACUCAAAAUUGACCAGGCUUUUGCAGCCUGCUUUAAGUGGAAGGAGUUUGGUGCUGAUAUUGUGUACAAUUCAUAUGGGUUGUGGUAGUAAUGCCAUCGCACAACAAGCUGUCUCUGAAACCUACAAGACUUUGAGAUUUGCCGCUAGGGCAAAGGAUAUUGUCAUUAAUGUCGAAAAGAACGUUGGAAGGGGCAUUGAAUUAAGUGAUCCAGAAACUACGAAGUUAAUACAAGAGUUGAAUAAUACGAUUGAGCAACAGAGGCAGGAUUUGUUGAUGUUGAAGUCAAAUGGGUGUUCCGGGAAUGCCCUGAAUCUGAAUGCCUCGAUUAACUCAUUAAGAGCAGAGACUAGUGUGCUAUUGGAAAAAAUCAGUCAUCUUACUCGACUCACGGAUUUGCAAAAGACAGAAACUGUAAUUGUCAAGGAUAGUGCACUAAAUGAUAUUAUUGGUUCCGGUACAGACAAUGCCCAACUCUAUGUGGCCAAUAUAGAGGAGUUCUACAAACGCAUGACUCAUGAGAGAAAUGAAUAUGACAAUUAUAUUGCUCAUCUCGAACACCAGUUGAAGAUGGCAUAUGCCAAGAAUGCAAAUCACAACACGUCUAAUUCAGAAAAUAGCGAAUUGAUGGACGUGCUCAAAGAGCAAGAAGAGGAGAUACUACAGCUCAAAGAAACAAUCAAAGACAAGGAUCAUAUAAUACGAAGCUUUUCGAAGACUUCUAGGUUGCGGAAGUUGGUGGAGUCUAAUGUUAAAGCAAACGUUUCGAUAAACAAAUUAAACUACACCACCAUGGAUCAAGAUUACAAACGCUCAAUGGGAAUUCACAGUCAAGACAGUGAUGUUUCUAUGGAUAAGGAGAAUGAACUUGGUAGUGCGUAUGAUUUCUCAAUGGGACCGAAGAAAGCACGAGCAAGUUUUGAUCUCAUGCAAACGCUAUGA